AUCUCUCUCUGGUCAAAUAACGUCCAGGUGUUCGGCAGUGUAUACUGAUCUUCCUGUGUCUGUAUACUUGUAUCUCAAAAAUCAUUUUCACUGCCAAGUACAUGCUCGUGAUGAUAGAAUGAGAUAGGAGCCGCCCUUCCGAGUGCUUCGAUCACAGACUUUGACAAAUGGAUUUCACGGCAACAUAAUGAUCAUAAGAUUGGUCUGCUUCUGGAGCCUCAGGUACGCGAUACUUUCUUUGUUGAGAUGCUCGCCCUUGAGCUAUUAUGAUGAAAAAUCUUUCUUGUUUGAUCUUGACGCUGAGGCGAUUCCGGAAGAGAAGAUGUCCUCUGUUUUUGGUGACACAAUGCGACCCGGCCACAGAUACAAUCGAUGGUAUUUCCGACAGUUUGGAGCCCCCUACCCCACCCCAAACUCGACUGAUUGUGAUAUCGGUCUGUCCAUUUUGAGUAUCAGGGACCUAGGUAGGUAAUUAUUUUCAUUUCGAGACAUCAGGAAGCAGUUUGACAAUGAGCAAUUUCACACGUG